UGAAUAAACUAAAUCGUUCACUUAGCAAACACUCCGAAACACAGGCUUUUUCUCGUUUCUCUCGAGUAGAUAACAGUAUGUUUUGACUUUUAGUGGAUACAAACAGCCCACUCGUUCACACGUGUCACGUGACUUCAGAUUUGUACUCUGAUUGGCUGAAUGCUCCUGGAGGGUGUGGCUUGAUUGGAGUUUGUGAUAGAAGAAGACGACUCGACAGAAGAGAGGGGAAACGCUUUAAAGAAAAUGUCCUCGGUACCAGACGGGAAGAAGCUGGUCCGCAGCCCCAGCGGCCUCCGAAUGGUUCCGGAGAACGGCGCCUUCAACAGCCCGUUCUCCCUGGACGAGCCGCAGUGGGUCCCGGAUAAAGAGUGUCCGAGAUGCAUGCAGUGCGACACCAAGUUUGACUUCAUCAGACGGAAGCACCACUGCCGGCGCUGCGGCCGCUGUUUCUGCGAUAAAUGCUGCAGCAAGAAGGUGGCGCUGCCCCGGAUGUGCUUCGUUGACCCGGUCAGGCAGUGUGCAGAGUGCAGCCUGGUCUCACAGAAGGAGCUGGAGUUCUACGACAAGCAGCUCAAAGUGCUGCUGGGAGGAGGGACAUUCGUCGUCACUUUGGGAACAUCAGAUAAAUCUGAAACCAUGACAUGCCGCCUCUCCAACAACCACAGAUACCUGUUCCUGGACGGUGAAAGUCACUUUGAGGUGGAGCUGUCCCGCAUCUCCAGCAUGCAGAUACUGACAGACGGGACGAGUCCAGGAGAGGAAGACGUUCACACUUACACCAGCCUGCUGGACGGCCUGUGUGUCUCUGAAGGAGGGACGUCGCGGGCCAGUGGGAUGCUCCUCCAUUACAAACCAAUGGGCUCCCAGGAUGCCCAGCAGCUACAGAUGGAGGCUGCAGAAGAUAAGAAGCUGGCAUCGCUGUGGCUCGCUGCAAUGCACAAGGCGGCCAAACUGCUGCACGAAGCUCGAGACCAGUGACAGCCAGGUGAAAUGGAGGCAGCACACACCCAAGUGUUUUCCAGCCGAGUCGGAUUCAGAUCGGGUUUGCUCUCAUCACUGCAGAUUCACUUUAUCCAUCUGAUCUCUUAUCGGUUCUUUAUGCCAACUCAUCAUUGUCUUUUUUUUUUUGCCCUCCCCAAGAAAUCUUUCUAAAAGGAGAAAAAGAGCACUUCACUCACCUCUAUAAGCAGUACUCUGUACAUGUGCGUUUUCUCUGCGUUCAACGCUCCAGUCUGGUCUCACUCACUAACUGGGCCGUGCAGAUUAAACGUUUUUACAGAGCGUCGAUGCUUGCUAAUGUUGGAGGCUUUAAUAUUAAUUCAGAAAUGUUACUCUGUAUUCUUCUGAAGGUUGUACAACACUCUUUUUACACUCGGUUCAGUGCACAGGGAUUUUAAACGCUGCUGUUUGUGCAGGGAUGACAGAACCAAGUCGUAUCUUCAGCAGAUCUUCCAGUUCCAGACUCUUUCUAAGCACAUUAAAGGAAACAUGCAGAUUAACUUGUGGCACAAGGUUGAAAAGCAGAUAUUUUCAUCUUUCCUUGGCAUUAAGAAGCUGUAGUUGUCUGAAUUCCUUUAAAAACCAAGUAAGAACUGGAUCUUCUCUUCUACUUUACAUUAGCUCUUUGAAACAUUUUUUAAAAUCUUUUGAAAACAACAAUUGUGUCUCUGCUAGAGCUUUUUUAUAUGCUGCCACUUUCCUACGUUGUGCAGCAAAAUGCAUGGAUCUAAAUUUUUUUUUUGGCGGUCCGUUUCCAGAUGCAGUGUUUUGUAAAGCUCUAACCUGCCCAAACAAUUUUUUUUUCCCUAAAGAACAACGGGAGAGUAUAGAAAAACAUGGGAACAGCAUUCCAAUUUUCUUUGUAUCCUUCCCGUCGAGAAAAACUGUUAGGCUUCUUCCAUCUCUGUGCUUCCUUUGGCUUCAGUUUGGAACACCUCACUGAUGGUGAAAAUGAUCCAAUCUUCACUCAGUAACGAUUUCCACACCAAAAGCCAUCAUUACUGCCACCCAUCGUCUGCAGAACGUCUGACCCAAAAGUCAACCUUUUGUCUGUUGUUGUCUGUUUGGUGCAUCUCCAAUUUAAAUGUGCAUGAACAUGUUGGCUUGCUAACGUUCAACUCUGAAGGAUUUCUUGAACUGAUUUUAGCUAAUUACAGUAGAAAACCGCUUCUGAGGCGUAGGUGAGAAAUGCUGAGUGCGAGAGAGGACAGAGAACUGACAAAAUAUUGCUACACUUUCUUAGUCAGCUGCAAAAUAUGUGCAUAAUUUUAAUAGAAAAUGAGGAGAAGAAGAAGGUCAUCGGCUUUAGAGGCAACAGCCAAGAAGAAGGCACAGAAACUGACUGAAAGGUGUUCAAAGUGUUCAGGGUUUUCUGGAUGAGGCCAAACCCAGAAAACACACCCGUCUGUCCAGUUUCUGAUAGGCUCAUGUCACUUGGUCCUGUUUUUGGUUUAUUGUUUUUUUUUUUUUUUUUUUUUUUCUUCAAGACUUUUGACUAACUUGCACUCCUAUCUGCUUCUGUGUCUAAUGAGCUUCAGACUAUUCACUGACCAAAGUGAGGAAUAAACACAGAGGAACUUUAAUUGUAGUUUCAUGUAUAAAAGUUUUCUAUGAGCUAUUUUGUUAACCAUUUCUGCUUUGAAUAACAGCCAGUCUGUUCUUCCAUCUUUUUUUUAACUAAACUAUAUUGAAGUAUUGUAGUCACUUUAUGGACUUUAUUUUGAUUUGUCACCUCGUUGUGAUGUGGAGCAUUUUAGCAGAGGCAACGCACUACAGUAACUCUGAAAAACAGUUACCUGGCAACAGGCCUAGCAUGUGCUAAUGUAAAAUAAAACCAGGUAAUUUACAAAGGCUGCUGAUAUUUUUAGAGUUCCAUUUCAAAUUGGUUUAUGGGUAUUUGUGUGUAAUCUUGGGGGGGAAAAAACAUGAAUUUAUCACAUUGAUGUAUUUGGAAAAAAAGACAGCUUAUAAAUUGAGAUAAAUAUCUACUAUAGGAAAUUUAUUUGAAAACGAUUUUAUUUGUAUUUCUAGGAUUUAAAGACGAACAUAAAAUUUAGCAAAAAGAUUAUAUAUAUUUUUAUCCUGUGGGGCAAAAAAUGAUGAAUAACAAAAUUUUUAAAAAGCACAGAGUCCAACCUAAUGACAAGAAGUUCAGAUCUAGAAACAUUUUGCUGGUACUUGUAGAAAUUCAAUGCAAAGACAGGAGUAAACUGAAAAACUGUUUAAAAAAAAAGUCUGUCUUCUAUGUAAAUUUAAAAAUGUUGGCUUAUUUAAAUUGCUUAAAUUUUAGUCAAAGUUAUUGAGAGCCAUGGCUGAAGAUCCAAAGGGCCUCUUGUGGCUCCGGAGCCACAGGUUGCAGACGAGUGUAGAGUUUUCCUCCAUGCUUCUACGGUUCUAUAGUCCUGGCUGUAAUGAGGUGGAAGGGUUAACAUGAAUGAUUUGAAAGCACGUGGUGAUUUAUGAAGAGGAUUCACAGAAAUAUGGUUUUAAAGGAGCUUCUGUUUUAAAAGUAAAUUUCUUGAACUUUUCCAAAGCUUCUUUAGUGUCGAGGUGGGAAGAACACAUCCUCUCUCCGGUUCUGUGGAGCUAAAAAUCUGAUUCUGGUCAGUAACUGACGUCUCUGGAUCUAAUCAUUUAACAAGUAGACUCUUUAGUAAAACUGCUCAGUAACCAAUCAGAUGCCAAUGUUUGUUACUGUAGUAUCACUGACUCCCCCAAAAUGCUCAUGUGUAUCGGCGUGUAUCUUAUUUCUCCACAUGAACAUCAGAUUACUUCUUAUAGCACAAAAUUGAUCAGCAAAAUGUCUGCUGGCCUUCACCUCACAGAAAAAAACACAUUUCUUCAGCUUAAUUCUACUUCAAUGCACAGAUGUAUCUUUUUUGUUUUUUGAUCACAUGAUUUAGAAUGUUUAGAAGAUGGAGAAAAGCAAGCUCUUACCCCCAAAAAGAGAUAUGAAUAAGAAACAAAACUGUACUUUAAAUAAAGUGACAGACCCCUUCAUUAUAAUUCUUUCUAUAUAUUUUUUUUAACCAACUGUAAACUGCCAUUCUGUACAUGUGCAAUCUGUUCUGCUCUGAGUACACUACCCUGUUUUUCCUUCUUGUUUAUUAUGUUGCUGAUGGUGCAGCAUGUUGUUGGACCUUUCUGUUCAGAAUAAAAUCAGAUGUUUAUACAUAA